GUGAUAUUAUCCAAAACAAGCAAUCUAAGUAACUAUCUACAAGGGGAACGCGUCGACGCUAUCACUGCAAAAAGAAAUGCUGAUCUCACGAUCAACACGCUCGGUAAAUGUCGCAGCGAAAAGAAUUUUGAACCCUUGUGGGAAAGAGCACAGAUCAUGUUCAAUGAAAUGAAAAAGGACAUCAAGGGAUCUCGUUUCGUAUUCAAAGAG